ACGUUUGAUCACUAUCUUUUACGUGUGCAUCACGCUUCUUAAAACAAAAAGAAACGAACAAUAGGGUAUUCUGCUCUGGAAAGGACGCCACAUUCAGCUAUAUUCCAAACAAAGGACUUUUUCUUAUCGAGAAGUGAAGUCAUGAAAGUCUUGGUUUGCAUUACCUUGGUGGCUCUGCUUUGUUGCACUACGGAAGGUUGGAGAAAGAAAAAACUUAAUGUAAGAACAGUUAGUCAAGCGGGAGAAUCGUGCCAACUUCCAAAUGGCUUUCCUUGGGGAAACUGUUACAAGACAGUAAACUGCCCUGCUGCCCCCCACCUCAACUGUGCUGAAGGCCUGAGAUGCUGUAGCGGAUCCGGUACAGGAGAUGACAGCGCGGAUGACACCCGAACAGAAGUGCAAGAUACAGCGUAUGACAAAUUUUUGAGGGACAUGGGAAAAUAUUAUUCUUGAUCAGAAGAGCUAGACUGUAAAAUGCGGUCGCUUAUUCUACAUAUGAACGAAUGAAAAGUUGUAUAAGGGUUUCGACCUUUUUGUGGUGUUCAUUCAUGUUGAAACUUCAUUAAAAAUGUAAAACUUA